UUGGUCACCUGACCUGCUCUUGCUGUUCUGAUUGGUUGUAGCCCAUACAGAGCUGGCACACCUGAGAGGAGUUCUAGGUAAAAUCCAGUCCAUCCUCAGGCUGGUUCUGAUUUCUGCAAACAGAAGAAGAAAUGGGUCAGAAUUCCUCUUCAUAUCCUCAGGUGAUCCUCAUGGGUCUGGACUUUGCAGGGAAGUCCACUCUGCUGGCCAAACUGCUCACAGGAAUGGUGAUGGAAACGUCACCAACUGUGGGCUUUAACGCAGGAAAUCUAGAACUGGACAAGAAGACAUCUCUGACUCUGUGGGAUGUUGGUGGACAGCGGGGCAUGAGAACCAACUGGAAGUACUACCUGGACGACUGCAGAGCCCUGGUGUUCGUGGUGGACAGCAGCGACUCGACUCGUAUGCCAGAGGCUCAUAAGGCUCUGAAAAAAGUACUUAGUGAUGAGAGGCUGGAAGGAGUUCCUCUGAUGGUCCUGGCCAACAAGAAGGAUCUGCCCAACUGCAUGACCAUACGAGAGGUCUCCAAAAAGCUGGACCUCCGCAGUUACACGGACCGGCUGUGGGAGAUCCAGGCCUGCAGCGCUGUGCAGGGACUGGGUCUGCAGCAGGCCUUCAUUUCUGUUAACAAGAUGAUCCAGAGGAGCUGAGGGUGGUGAGGAGGAGGAAGAGGAGGAAAGAAAUAAGCUAAGAGGACAGCAGGAGAAUUAUAGGAUGGCACUGACACAUUUUACCUCAGGUUUUUAUUUAUAGAGAUGAAACCAAUAAAGUUUUUAUUGAUUAAA